AGGAAAACUACCUCGCGGUCAACGCAGUCAAAGAUAAGGACGAAAGCACGAUCGAGCGGGAAGAGCGUGGCGCGCUUGCAGCGCACAAAAGGCGAAUUUUGGCGGUCAGAUCCGUGCGCGUACAGCACGAGGCAGAGCUUGCGACGGGAAGGGGGAAGGGCAGGCGGCAAGUUGUUAGCUGGUGGAAAGGCGCGUGCGCGUUUAUCGAUCUGUAGGCAGCAAGCCAACAACGCGAGAGUACGAAAGCGACAACAUAGGUAGCGAGAUGCGCCCUUUGGCCGUCAGUGCGAGCGAGACGCCAAGAAAAUAGCAACAGACGGUCGCGCGCAGCGGAGUACCGGCGAUAUGGCCACGUCCCGCUGAACGCGCUGGGAAACAUGCACCGUCGGAGAGGGCGGAAGGGGCCGUCGGCGGACUGGCGGCAAAGGUGAGAUUGCGGAGGCGCUGGCACGCGCCCUCGGCUGCUCCUCGGCAUCCCCUCGGCAUCCCCCUCGGCAUCCCCCUCGGUGGCGGCGGUGGCACGGUGUGGCGCUCUCGCAGCGCGGCGGCGCCGGCGGGCAACGCCGCCGCGGCUCAAACUCGCGCACGGAGCACAGUCGAGCAGCGAGCCUCGCUGGGGCCGGCCGGUCGCCUCUCCGCAGCCUCUCAGCCAAGCUCGCGUGCCAGCUCGUUGCUUCCUGCCUACUAUGGCAUUGGGACAGUUGUCCCGUCCGUCGAGCAGAGACUUUUGAAGAGGAAGCAGGCGACCGCCGGCAAACCAUGAUCUCUAAAUCGACGGAGGGCAACAACGGCUACCUGCGCUCGCCGAUUAUUAGCGAACAGGGCGAGCUGGCUACGAGCGACAGUGCCGAUGUCAUGCCAGCUUCGCUACAGGUGAAUUACGGUAGGAGUGGCUCGACGACGACGGACAUCGUGAGAUCGAACGGCAGACGGCCGAUGGGUAGCUUCGCGAGAGCAGCCUCUAUAACUUCACAACGUCGCAGGGGACCUACAAGCAAGCAGCAACUUAUCAGCAUCCUCGUUAUUGCACUCUUGGCUCUGUGUAUCUUUGGUUUUCUCUUCAGUAUAAAUACGUCGAGAGAGUGCGCUCAAGAGUCGCAUCUGAACGUUUGUUUGACGGAAGAGUGCGUACGAACAGCGGCGAGCUUACUGUCGGCGAUGGACAGAACAGCGGCGCCGUGCACGGAUUUUUUCCAAUACGCUUGUGGCACGUGGAACAAGCUGCACGUAAUACCAGAGGAUCGCAGCUCAGUGUCAACGUUCGAGGUGUUGUCUGAUCAGCUGCAAGUCAUCCUCAAAAGACUUUUAGAGGAGCAACCUGAUCAUCGUGACAACAAUGCCACCCUCAAGGCCAAAUUGUUCUACAAGUCCUGCAUGGACAUCCCUAAAAUCCGUGAGAUUGGAGAUGAGCCUUUGAGGCAGAUAUUACGUUCGUUCGGCGGUUGGCCAAUGGUCGAGGGCGACAAGUGGCAAGAGCCCGUCUAUCCAUUGGAAGAUCUACUUGGCCGGCUGCGUGGUGAAUUCAACGAGGGCGUACUACUCGAACAAUGGGUUGGACCCGACGACAAGAACUCCUCGUCGAACAUUCUCCAGCUCGACCAGAUGCAGUUGGCCUUACCAAGUCGUGAUUACUACCUGAAGAAAAGUAGCGAGAUACAACUAGCAGCUUAUCGCCAUUACAUGUUGGACAUUGCUGUGCUUUUGGGUGCUGAUCCGGAAAACGCACCGCUGGAAUGUGAUCGAGUUAUCGAUCUAGAGAAGGAACUCGCCAAUGCUUCCUUGCCCGAAGCAGAUCGACACGAUACCUCAUCGAUUUACCGAAAAUUGACGCUUCGAGAAUUGGAACGCGAAGUACCGCAACUGCGAUGGCGAGCUUAUCUCGAGAAGUUCCUUGUUUCGCCGAUCACGGAUGUUGAACCCGUUGUCUCUUAUGCCAUGCCGUAUUUCAUCCGUAUGGGUCAUAUAAUUCAGAGGACGCCCAAAAGGACAUUGCACAACUAUAUCCUGUGGAGAUUGGUGAUGUCGGUAAUGCCGCACAUGAUCGACGAGUACGAGUCGAAGCGCAUCGAAUUCAAGAAGAUUCUGCUUGGCAUAUUGAGAGAGCGAGUGCGCUGGUCGCGAUGCGUCGAGUGGACCAACAAGAAGCUGGGUAUGGCCGUCGGCGCCCUCUUUAUCCGCGAGAACUUCAAUCAGGAGAGCAAGGACACUGCGGUGGAGAUGAUACGGACGCUGCGCGAAGCUUUCAACGAGCUGCUCGCCGAGAAUCAAUGGAUGGACGACGAAACCAGGACCGUUGCCAAGAUCAAAGCUGACUCCAUGAACGAGAGAAUAGGCUAUCCGGAAUUCCUUCAGGAUCCGGUCGAACUGUCCAAAGAAUACGUAACGUUGAAUGUCACGGAAGAUCAAUUUCUCAAAAACAUCUUCGCCGUGCUGAAAUACGACGCGUACCAUAACUUGCAAAAGUGGCGGCAGCCCGUGGACAAAGACAAAUGGUCGACGGAGCCUGCAGUUGUCAACGCUUUCUACAAUCCUAAUAAAAAUGACAUAGUGUUUCCAGCGGGAAUUCUACAGCCACUGUUCUACUCCAAGCACUUUCCGAAAUCGCUCAACUACGGUGGUAUCGGCGUGGUGAUCGGCCACGAGAUAACGCACGGCUUCGACGACAAAGGGCGCCAAUUCGACAAAGACGGCAACCUGCUGCAGUGGUGGAACAACGCCACUAUACGAGCUUUUCGCGAACGCGCUCAAUGUAUCGUCGACCAGUACUCGAGGUACAAGGUGCAAGAAGUCGAUCAGUACGUCGACGGACGUAUGACUCAAGGCGAGAAUAUCGCCGACAAUGGUGGCCUGAAGCAAGCUUUUCAGGCUUACAGGAAGUGGGUGAGAGUGCACGGCGAGGAGCCAGUGCUCCCAGGCGUCAACUUGACGCACGACCAGUUGUUUUUCCUGAAUUACGCGCAAAUCUGGUGCGGCACGAUGAGACCCGAGGAUGCGCUCACCAAGAUACGCAGCAGCGUGCACUCGCCGGGCUUUGUCAGGGUCCUUGGACCGCUAUCCAACAGCGACGACUUCGCCAAGGCCUACAAUUGCCCUAAAGGCUCGCCUAUGAAUCCCACGCGCAAGUGCAACGUCUGGUAAUGCAGGCUUUGCGACGUGCCAAAGAAAACGAAAGAAGCUACAAGUUUCUGAAUCAUCAUCGUCAACAACAAGAAAAUCAAAUGAAUUGAUUUGAGCAGAUUCUCGCUGAAGAGAGAAUUGAAAUGAAUGAGCCGCG